GACAAAACUGGGGCAAACAACUGAAAAUGUCAUCCUAUUUGGCUCAGGAGGUUCACCUUGCUAGAAGACAUGAAGAGAUACUGUCUCAGAGAUCAGAGCUGCUACAGCAGAUGGAGACUUAUCUAGGAGACAAAAAGACUAAAAAGACAUGGCAAACUCAAGCAGCUGAUGCAGCUCAUAAAAGGAAUGCAGCACUUUUAAAUUAUGGUGAUCAUUUCUCCAGACUUGGUCUGAGCUGUACUGGUACAAGCUUCAUUUGGUGCGAUUUGUGGUGUGUCUCUUCUAAGUACAUGCAACAGAGAAAUUCCUUUCUUAGGUUAGUUAAGUCUGUAUUGUCCUCUGUUAUUCUGACAUUGCAUCCUGAUACUGUUAAGUUAGAAACUCUCUAUUGGGCGUCAAUAAAAGAAUCUCUUCCCAAGUGGGAACAGUUUCUUUUAGGAAGAGCAGAAGUUCCUAUUGGUUUUAAGAAAAUGAGAACUGCAAAACAGACAUAAGCUACCCCGAAGAAGAUUCACAAAAAUAAACCUUCUAGUUUCAUUUUGUUUUGUAAUUUAUGGCUUAAGCAGACAAGAUCAUCCAGAUCAGGCAACAGAAUAUCAUGCCAUUAAAUUGUAAUGUAAAUAAUUUAAAUGAAAACUAACUGUAUUGGAUAGUUUGUUUCCAUUGUUGCACGGUGUAUGAUUUUACUUCUGUUAUGUAGUAGAGAAGCAAUCAUCAAGGAGGCUUUUAGGAUUGAAAGUGAGAAACACUGGUGUAUAGAAACCCACCAAAGCAAUUGCUUUUUCAGUAUGAGAAGAAUUUUAGGUUAUUUUUAAUUCUCUGCUUCUACAUAUAAGUGCAAUAAGUAAAGACAGAUUCAUGCAUUAUCUUUCUUCGCUGCAGUCAUCUGUGCUGUAUGUCUCUCUGUGGAUGAGGGAGAAAGGGGGAAUUUGCUGUUAACAGGAAAGGCAGGCAGGCUGCAUCAGACAGAGUAGCCGUGGUUUAGCAUGAGGAAUCUGUGUAAAAACCUUCGUGAGAGCAGUUGUAGAGGGAAAACCUUGAACUUCUGCAUCUUGCUUUCCCUGAUUUUUGUCACUGCCACUUUCAUUGCUCCUACACCUCGCUCCAGUAACCACUGCUGCUUUCCCCAACCUCCUGCUGCCUACUCUGUAUUUCCUGUCUAAUGGAUGGGUAAGGACAAGAAAAAGUAAACAAAUCUCUAGGGUUUUUUGCUACUUCCAGGCUGCUGUUAAUGCUAUUUUCUUUACAUUGACCUGAUCUACGAGUGAGAACUUUUGCUUAGGCAUGAAAAGUUUGAAAGAAGCAAACUGAAAGGUAGCUGGCAGUGGCUGUCUUAAGAACCAAGCAUAUAUAGAAGUCAAGGAGAUAAUAUUUUCAUUUUCAGCCAUUGAACAGCUCCUCAGCCUCCUCCUACGGAGGUGCAGUAUCAGGGAGUUUUGAUUGUACAGUGGGCUAACUCGGUAUGAAAAUGUCACUGUUCUAGUGCAGUGCUUUUUAAAGUAUCAGUGCAGUGGAAGAUCCUUCCAGGUGUCUGACUUGGCCUGCAGAAACUUAAUCCUUCCUCAGGAAAGGAAGCCUGGAAAAAAAAUCUUCUUUUAAAAUUAAGAAUCUGGACUUGAGUCAAUAUAUUGUUAAAAUUUAAUCUCCUAUACAACAACAUACUUCCACCCCCGAGCCGAAAGUAGCAGAAAAAAAAAUUUACCUCUGCCAGUGUUUGAGGAUAUGAAAAUGUAAUGAUUACAGAUUUUGCUAGGCGACUAGUGAAAUGAUCUGUGCAUCUCCAUGCUACGUUUGUUGGGGUUUUUUUUAAUAGAAGGGAUGUUUUAAUGACUUUUAUUGAAACUGGGGUAUUUUUUAGCAACAUUUCUCAUAAAUGUCCUGACUGCUUUGGAUCUGUGCACUAAAAAGCUUGUGUUCAUUUAGUUGAUUAAACAUGGUUAAGUUAUUCACUGAUUAGCUGUUCGUGGGGCGUUUAUGGUCCAAUCAGAACUAGGGAACUAACUUCUAGCUGAAAACUGUAGGAAGUCUGGGUAGUCUUUAAGGACCAACAUCUGCAGACACAGUUCUCCAUGAUAUUAUGCACUCAGUUUUGUCAGAAUUUAAAUUAGCUGAAGAAUUACUGACAAAAUAAAAUCAAAAUUUCAGCUGCCAUACAAAAUUCUUCUAUGUUUUCAAUGGGAAUAUUAAGAGUUCAUUUAAAACUUUUUCUAUUGAAGUGUCCAUUAAACUGAUAAGUUUUUACAGAAACUGCCAUCUUAGAAAUAUCCUGUUGAGUGGGUGUUGGUGUUUGUAACAAUAACGUUGUUUUCAUAAUAUGUGAUGGCAGAUUAGCACGCUUCUCUGCAGUGUUGUUAACAGUUGUAAUUAAGGAAUAAACAGUAAAGGGUGUCAGUCCGAUGACAAUUUCAUCUAUAGUGUCACAAUACAAAAUGUCACAAAAUAUUAGAACUGUUAUAUAACUACAAAAAUAUCAAAUUAGGCUUUCAUUUUACAAGCAGAGAGCUUAAAAAAAACCCUGGCAUAGAGACCGUUGCAAUUUUAUACCUACUCAGUGUUCUGUCACAAAGACAACUUGGUAAUAUUUUCUUCUGUAAGAUCACAAUGUGGUUCUCAAUCUGAUUUAGCGGGAACGUGUACGGAUCUUAGAAUUGUAGAGUUCACAUUUAAAAAUUUAAAAUUUAAAAAUUGGAACCAGUUGAGCAGACAAGAAGGAAAAGCUAUUACACAUGAUGCCCAGAAAGAAGGGAUGGGUGAGCAGUUAGUUCCUAACAAAGACUAGGAUUCAUCCUGGCCUUUGCAUCCAAAGGGAAAUCACUUAAACUAAAAUCUGGGCCCCUAAGUACUUUAUACGUGUGAAUAAUCUGGGUCUUUAUCUCUUUGGACUCCGCCUAAACAUUGGGACACAAUGCAGAUGCUCACUAUCUCCUUGCCCCUUUUGAUUUCCCAUAGAAGAAAAGCAAAGUGUGUGGAGUAUGAGGGCACGGCAGCUGCAUGAGUGAGGAUUUUGUAGCGUGCUGUGAAAGGCACCUGCAAGCAGGGUUAGUGUAGUUUUUGUGCUGCAGUUAACUGCUCAGAUACUGUGUUUCUGAUUAUUUUGUUGUUAUUGGACGAAGAGAUUAAGAUUAAAGCGAAAUUAUCUUCUUUUCAAAGAAGGAAAUUACUUCUUUUUUUUUUUUUCCCCAUUGCAGCAUAGCUUUAGACGCAAUAGGACAACUAGUGCAUGGAAAACUAUACAGAAAUGUGUCCAGAAAAGGAUAAAAUGAAGAGAAACGUUUACAGCUGGAAUGUGUAUAGGUGACUGCUCUCGGAGACAAGAGCCUUCGUGUUGGCCUGUGGUCUGAUAUAAAUAAAUGCAAUUGCAUGUGACUGUGAAACAGCACAGCAGUCGGGGCAGGGAGGCACACAGCAGGGCCGUUAAGGGACAGGAGCGAGCGCUGCCUGAUUUGGCACAGACCUCAGGGCAAGCAGUGGCAGGGAACAUAAUUAUAUGAUAUCUCCUGUUAUACUGAGAUUUGUUGAGUGCACAGGUUCAUUUACCAUGGCUGAGCUAGCUUGCCACUUGCCUUUCGAUAGAUACAAAUUUGAGAAAGCAAAUGUUAGUUAAGCUUAAGUGUGUUUAAAAAAAAAAUAAAUUAAAAAAUACCCCAAACUGAUUGAUACUGAUAUGGUUUAAUGUCGGCUUUAAAUGAGACCUUGAAUGAGUAUUCUUCAUCAUGUCAAGGCUGUUACUUCAAACAUACUCAGUCUAUGUAGUUAUACCCCAUCUUAUCCCAAGCUUUUAUGUAUAUAAGUAUAAAGCAUGUAUUAUGUAUAUUACAUUACAUAUAUAAAUCUUAUGUAAUUUCCUACCCAUCUUGGGUAAAUGUUUUUUUUUCCCUCAGAACUUAACCUAUUACUCUGUGUUCUUGACUUUCUGCUUGCCCUUUUGUGCUAAAAUACACAUGUACAUAAGCUGCAGUGGUCCUAAGAGCCUGUUGCUUCUUCUGCUUUUCUGGUGGGUGGGAGAAAGCAAUUGAGAGAAGAGCAGCAAGUAAAACCAAAGGUUUUGCCUGUUCGUAAGUUAAUCUUUGAGUAUCUUGCAAGAAGAAAUAAUUAAUCGCCCUUUUACAGGUUGAUGCAGAGAUGAGCAACCACAGUACUAACCCAGGAGCACCACCUGUUCACCCAUCUUGUCACCUUUACCAUCGCAUUCCCGAGCUUUUUCCUUUCACAGUUACUCUGGCUGUGGGGGCAGUAGCAGAAGGCAUGUUAGUUUUCCCUAGGAUAAGAAAUUUCUUACUCCGCAGAAUCUUUCUCAAACCUAUUAAUUUCAUUUGAGAGUACAUAUGAAAUAACAAGAGGGUUUAGACGCAUGAUGUUUGACACUUACUAUGGUAUCCUCUUGAUUGUAUUUAUUUGGGGUCAUGUUUUUCAGAGAAGUUGGGGGCUGGAUUUUAGGCUGAGCUUACAGUUCUUCAUUCCUGUCUUUUUCACUCACAUAGAGCAGGUCAGGGAUGUAGAUGCUCAGUGUGAGCUGGUUGGUACUGAAAGAUAGGAAAACCAAAUUUGAAACUGAGUGUACUUUUAGAAGUUACAUCUGAAAGAAAACAUUAUUUACUCCAUAACGGUAGUUUUCAUAAUAUUUUAAUAGUUGUGUUCAGAUAGAACUUGACCUUAAAUAUCACCCCAAAUGC